UGUACCCGUGUUUGUUCUUUAUGAUAUAAAGUGUGAAUUAAUGUGCAUGAACUGUUGAUAUUGUUGCUUUUCGUUGUAUGAGUUCAUAUUCGAACUUGAUCGAUGGAGGAUAAUUCCACUGGAUUGCCUGAGAAAGUGCCUUUCAACUAUAGCUCUUUAUUCUACAGCUCGCCUCCAUUUCUAGCGGGGCCAACCAACCCGUUUGUCAUCUACUCUAAGGAAUAUGGUUUGACCCUUUAGCUCACACAUUACUUUCAAUCACAGCUUACUACCAUAUUGCCUUCAGCCAAAACUUAUGUCCGCUUCGCCUUUCACCAGAGCUCACUUCCAUCUAGCCUUCAACCACAGUUGACUUCCAUAUUGUCUUCAGUUACAGUUGACUUCCAUAUCGCCUUCAUCUGCAGUUAACUUCCAUAUCGCCUUUGCCUGUAGAGUAGCGACCAUGGCGUUAAUAACCCGGAGAAAACCAAGCAACUGUAUGUAUAGAGAAUAUAUUGGCUGUGAAGGUUCUACUCCACGUGGACUCGGAUUUAUCAUACCAGCAGAAGAAACAUUACUGGAGGGUGGCUCCCGUCUCGAACACCCCCCUCCUGGACAGUAUGAUAGCCCGCAAGUUGGGUCCUUCAGUCAGGAAGAAAACUCGCCUUACUUGAUGCCAGAAUCGGGGACGCAGCAAACUCUGACAAAGACUAUGCUGGAUGCAUACGCACUCAUGCGUGGACGCCUGGGCCGAGGAGAACGGGGACCGCUUUAUCAGGAAGGGUUUAACUACAGGCCAUGGGAACUAAGGCCGGAAGACGACAACCCAAAACUUAGCCCAACAAUCCCUUGGGAAACUUAUGACCAUGAAGACAAGGAGGCCAAGAGACCGCAGGAAGCUCCAACUCCAGACCUUGAGGGUGCCAGAGAACCAAGGGUGAGAACCUUCUCUGAGAGACUGAGCCAAAUUGGGUACGUGAAGAUCAAUGGUCAGGUCGCAGACCCGGAUUGUAAGACAGACAUCCUAAAUGCCCUCAACGGAGUCAACGGUUACUCACCUCGAGUGCCGGGCUUCCAUGAUCCUCUCAUAUCGAAUGUUAUGAACAAUAUGGAAUUGGAGGAAUACUACACUCACUUCCUUCUAGAUGUUGAUAAUAACGAGGAUCCCGAGCGAGACAACGAAGGAAACCCGUUGGAUAACCGCAUCAGCCCAGCCACAUUUAUGAAAUGGGCAGCUGGAGCACAACAGAAGGGGAGACUCAACAUAGCCGAAAUCGAAGGGGAAGUUGUGGAACGGGCUAGACAGGAAGAGCUGAAGGGAGCAAAGCCGCCAGGAAACCAUAGGCCGUUGGUAUGGUCUGCCUUGAAGCCGCAAUUCGAUCAAGAAUUUGGUGGUACGAUUUCCCCGGCAUAUUCAGUCGAUGAGUAUCCUAGCCCACUGAUGUCAUCACGAGGGGUUAACUUGACCAACGUACCCGGCAUGUUCUAUCAUAUGUUGCCAGAGUUCAAUGUAGUGCUUGCUCGCGAAGCAUUUCAUGAUGGCGGCAUUGACCUAUCUACAAAGGCAUCGCCAGAAACAGAAAUUACCACAGAUUAGCAACUAGCAGACGCUCUUGGGGACGGGAACAGGGAGCUCGGAAUGCAUAGAAUCGAUGUCAUCCAGAUGGAGUUCCAGAAUCUCCUGGCAGAGCGGGAUGUCGAGGUGGGGAAGGCGACGGAAAAGAUGUUGCAAUUGAACUCAGCAAGGGAUACAAUCACUCGGUUGGGGGAGAUGAUUUGCGCUCGACGCUAUGAGAUGACCAUUCCGAAACGUCGUGCUCGGGCGGAUCAGUUACUGGGCGAGUGGAGAGAGCACCUCCGCCAACAGACCGCGAGAGCUGUGAAUAUGGCCAAAGCAUGGGGGGAUGAGCUCGACGAACUGCGUGAUGUCAAUGCUAAACUCGUUAGCGAACUACAAGACCUCGAUCAGAAUUCGGAGAACGACGAAAGAUCGGCCGUGGUCUGAAAUUUUGGUCCUUGUUCUGGCUGAGAUUCUGGACGAGAGCAGGUACACACGAAGGAGGCACAAGAGGGAAUAUUUGGAUAUGGAAUACUGACUAGCCCUCGUGGGACAUCGUUGGGAUUUGGUACCAGCAGCGGCUAUUCGUUUUUGGGCAAAAAAGGAAGUUGUCACCAAAGUUCUCAUUGGGC